UGAUUUUGCAUUUACGGGUAGACCUACCCAUAACUGUAUGUAAACAAUACAAUUCUCUCCCCUUUCAGCUCCAGCACACUGCUUUGUAUGGCUCUGAAUAGCAGAGCCAUACAAAGCGAUGUGCUUUCAAUGGAAAGCACUCACACAGCCCCAUAGUGAAAACACACACACCACACAGUUAACCGUUUGCUCGCCCCACAUGUUAACCCCUUCCUGCCCAGUGUCAUUAGUACAGUGUCAGUGCUUUUUAUUAGCACUGAUCACUGUUAUGGUGUCCCUGGGGAUGUCAGUGACACCAAGUCAGUUCCCCCCCAGUGUCAGAAUGCCCGCCACAGUCCUGCUAUAA